GUUCAAGGGAUUGCAGAGAGGAGAGAUCGAAUUCGUUCCUUGACGAUGUUCCCAAGCACGCGAGAGAAUUGAGAGAGGGAUUUUAAAACGAGGAAUUUGAUGGGGUAUAAACCCUAGUUCUUGUUUCUUGGCGGCAAUGGCGGAUUCAAGGCGCUUGCUUGCGAUGGAAAUGCAAAGGUUCGCGUCGCUCGUAAUGUCGAGGAGGUAUGAUCUUGCGUUUCAGAAGCUGCGUGUCAUGCUGGACCCUGGUCUCGACUCCACCGUGAAAGAAAUGCUCCGAGAGGCUUCCAGCGCCUGCUUGAGAUCCGCCGCGCAGAUCCCUAUCGAAGAGAAGCUGGAGCUGCUCGACUUCCUCCAAGGCUGCUUCGAUCUAGCCUGUGACAUUGAGGAGCAAUUUGUUCUUCGUUACGAGACCUUGAUACUGCGAGAGACCUUUUGCGUGGAAUAUCCAGAGCUGGUUGUAUCUGCGGAAGAAUGGAUGGACUUUGCGAGGGCCUGCUCGAGGAGUUUUUUCUUCUCCAACGCUGUGAAAGCUUACGAGAUGGCCAUGAAACACAUGACAUGCGUUGAGGACUGGCCUCAAGCAAUCACGGAGCGAGAAUUCGCAGUUAGUGCUGCGAGAGGAACAUCCGAGGUCCAAGCAGAAGCUCUCGAAGUCUUGAAGCGUAAAGAAGGGUCAAAACCGAUAACCAAGACCAACAAAGAUCAGAUGCCGUCUGGUGCUGCUCAGUACCUGUCCGCCAUCAAGAAGCUGAAUUCUCAGAAGUUGAGGGACUACGGGCUGCGCAAGCUGGUGAACCAGGCUGGCCAGGAAACCAGAAACGUACAACAAGCGUGACCACGUUUCUGUUCUUCGAAUCUUCUUCACAGGCGGUACCCGAUUUGAUGCCGGAAACCAGGUUACUUCCGGACCGUGACAGCUCGAUGAAGAAUUUUCACGUCCGGAAAGUGGGAAUCUGGAAGUAAGCCCGUUGUCUGGUCCCCCGGCUCAACAGAAUGGAUGGAGCGGGUGAUAACGAGCCACGAAAAUGUUGCGUAACGACAGCACGUCAAGCGCUGCCUGAGAAUGUAAUUGCUUGUUCAACAUGUCCAAAGCUUUCCCCGGGAGGAUGCGCCCAUGCAGAGUGCGUGUCUGGACUGCAAACCUUUGGCUCCGCCCGCCCGCCCGCCCGCCUUUCACGAGACAGAAUGAUCGCCACCGCCAGAGAAAGGGACAGAGACAGAGGCACACAGGAUUGAUACGCACCGGUUUUGGACUUUCAUUGGCCAGCACCCACGCAAAACGGGCCGACUGGUUGGUGGAACAGGCAGAAGAGCAGCAAAGCUUUCAGGAACCGGGGUGACAGGAUUUGUCAAAUGGAUAGUCCGCAUUUUUUUCAUUCCAGGGAAGGGAGCGUUGGUGUUGGUGGUGGACGACGCACGCACUUUCCAUGGAGGCUCCAAGGCGUGCGACUUGGGCCAAGCACCAUGUGUAGCUUCUUCCCACGAGUCUUCCUCGUCGUUUGUAGUUGUCAUCACUGCGUUUUCCAUCUCGCAGGUGUUUCGGGCGGUCAGCAACAAGGACCCAAAAUCGCUCGUCGCGCCGUCUUCCAAUGCAGCAUGCGUGGGCCACCUUACUCACAGGCGAAUCAAUCCAGCGAAUCUUACUGUGCGAGGCGAGGAUUUCAAGAUUCCCAGUCAAAGCGACGAAAAUCGAGAGUUUCCUUCUCGCGAGACUCUCCAACUUUUCCGUGUCGUGGACGCCCAGAUUUGAUCUCUCUCGUUUCUAUGGUGAGUGAUAGUGAUAGCUCUCUAAUGAAAAUCCUCCAGAUCGUCGCGUCUCCAUAACUCGAUCUUGGCGCUAAGUAAAGUUGAGGACGCAUAACCGCUAAUCAAUUUCCACGCACACCACACAAGUAACCGUACGACAGGAUUGGCCAAUCGCACGACACGACAUCUGGAGUAAAAUUUUCUUCUUUCAGCUAGAGAGAGUGUGUGACCUGUUUUGAUGAUCCACUCUCCACUCCACCUCAUAUUUGAUUGAUGCAUUCUAUUGUCAGUGCCGCAGUUAAAAGUCAAUACAAA